GUCAGCUCCGGGCGCGGUGCUUGUUUUGGUUUCCCUCUAUUCUACCCCUGGCAGCUUCGGAGUGAGAGAUAUUCUGGUGCUUUGCCUCGCUUGCCUACAUUCUGACCUUCUCUUCUUAGGGCUCUGUCAGCCCGCAGUUCUGCAAGCCCUUCGGGGCCGGCGCCUGCCAUGCCGCUAGUUCGCUACAGGAAGGUGGUCAUCCUCGGAUACCGCUCCGUAGGGAAGACAUCUUUGGCACAUCAGUUUGUGGAGGGCGAGUUCCUGGAAGGCUAUGAUCCUACAGUGGAGAAUACCUACAGCAAGAUAGUGACUCUUGGCAAAGAUGAGUUUCACCUACACCUGGUGGACACAGCAGGGCAGGAUGAAUACAGCAUUCUGCCCUAUUCAUUCAUCAUUGGGGUCCAUGGUUAUGUGCUUGUGUAUUCUGUCACCUCUCUGCAUAGCUUCCAAGUCAUUGAGAGUCUAUACCAAAAACUACAUGAAAGCCAUGGGAAAACACGGCUGCCAGUGGUGCUCGUGGGGAACAAGGCAGAUCUCUCUCCAGACAGGGAGGUCCAGGCAAUUGAAGGGAAGAAGCUGGCAGAGUCCUGGGGUGCGACAUUUAUGGAGUCAUCUGCUCGAGAGAAUCAGCUGACUCAAGGCAUCUUCACUAAAGUCAUUCAGGAGAUUGCCAGGGUGGAGAAUUCCUAUGGGCAAGAGCGCCGUUGCUGUCUCAUGUGAACCAUCGGACACAGGGUAGCAGCCUUGAUUCUGCCCCUUCCACUUGCCAGGCUCCAGCAGGGGCAGGCCCUCAGGACUUUACGGGUAUGGGUGCCAGCUGUGUUCCCUGGCCCUCUGGGCACAGUGUGGUACCCUCAUGUUUGCACACUUUCCCCAGGCUUUAGUAGUCUGGUUGUCAAUGUUUACAAAGGGGCAAGGAUGUGUCAUGGGCACUGACCUCUAGCCCUCUGUUUUUGCUAAAUGAAUUAUUAUAACCUGCAGGGUUGGGAUAUGCAUCCUGGGCAUUAUUUAUUCAGGACCCAGUCUCCUAUGUAGGUUUUAGGUGUUGGCUGGGUGAAGGGAGCUUGGGAGUCCUGAAGUGAAGCUGGCUCCCUGGGGUGAUAAUGUAUAUAUGAAA